UGAUUGCUCAUCUGAAGAAGGAGCUCUGUGCAGGCUCUGGGCACUGCUGUCAUGGCUGCUGCUUCCCCUCUGAGAGAGCUGGAGGGUGAGGUGUUCUGCUCUAUCUGCCUCGACUACUUGAGAGACCCCGCAGCCAUUGACUGUGGCCACAUCUUCUGCCACCACUGCAUCAUUUGGUUAUGUGAGUCUGCUAGGCAGCCAUUGCAUUGUUCUCUCUGCAAGGCCAUCUUUAAGAAAGAGAAUAUUCGCCAUGUGUGGCAGAUGGCCAGCCUAGUGGAAAACAUCUGGAGGAUGAAGGUAGAUGAGGAGAGACCACCCAGAGAGGACAGACCACUUGAACAGAAUGCAGAGAAGCUAUGUGGGCUGCGUUUGGGGAAGCUGCAUUAUUACUGUAAGGAUGACCAGCAAAUACUGUGUGUGAUGUGCCGGGAGUCCUGGGAGCACAGACACCAUGCUGCUGUUCUCUUGGAGAAGGCUGCACAGCCUUUUCGGGUAAGAAUUCUGCUGGACCCUGGCUUCCUUCUCAUAGCCAAAAAAGUUCUGCUACGGUGCCUUCGGGACAAGGUCCAAAUUCUUUUUUUUGGAAAACGUUGUAUUGAAGUAUGAUUGACAUGGGAAAAGCUGUGCAUAUUUAAUGCAGACAGCUCACUGAGUUUGGAGAGAAGUAUACACCUGUGAAACCAUCACUAUCAUCAAGGCCAGAGACCUAUCCCUGACGUCCCAAGGUUUCCCCCCACCCUCUUUAUAUUAUUAUUAUGUGUGUGUGUGUGUCCAUAAUAAGAGCACUUCAUAGAAGGUAAGAUCAAUCCUCGCAGCAAGUUUUAAAUGUACAAUAGAGUGUUGUUAGUUGUAGGUUCUAUGCUGUAUAGAGUAUCUCCAGAACUUAUUUAUCUUGCAUAACUGAAACUAGGAAUCCUUUGACCAC